UAUUCGAGAAUCAUUUCACGUUUUUGCUUUCAGUUGAAAUUGGAAAACCUCUCUGGUUCGUCUUCGCCUUCUUGUAGUGCCUUUAGCUUUCACAUUCCACAAAAUUUAAUACAUUUUUAGUGUUUGUUCAUAAAAAUGAGUUUGCCCGAAGUAUACAUCGUUUCAGCCGCCCGCACUCCAAUUGGGUCUUUCAAUGGCACACUUUCGAAGCUCAAAGCAUCUGAUUUGGGCAGCAUUGUGAUAAAAGAGGUUCUCAAAAGAUCUAACACUGAGCCCAACGAUGUUAAUGAAGUGAUAAUCGGUCAGACCUUGACUGCUGGACAAGGUCAAAAUCCAGCUAGACAAGCAUCUCUAAAAGCUGGACUUUCUUUAGAUGUGCCUGCUUAUUGCAUAAACAUGCUUUGUGGUUCAGGUCUUAAGACUGUUGCUCUGGGGUAUCAAUCAAUACGAUCAGGUGAUUCUUCAAUUGUUAUUUGUGGGGGUCAGGAAAGUAUGUCAAAGGCACCUCAUGUCAUGCACAUGCGAGAUGGAAUCAAAAUGGGUGCUGGCACAUUUCUCGAUACAAUAUUGAAUGAUGGACUCACAGAUGCAAUGCAUAACAUUCAUAUGGGUGUGACAGCAGAAAAUCUAGCUACUCAAUAUGGUAUCACUCGAUUGGAACAAGAUGAAAAUGCUAUACGCUCACAGAAUACAGCAGAGGCUGCACAGAAAAAUGGCUAUUUUGAUAAAGAGAUCGUAGCUGUCGAAAUUGUGGAACGCAAAGGAACUAUUAUAUUUGAUAAAGAUGAAUAUAUUAAGAAAGAUGCAAAAAUCGAGUCUAUAGCAAAACUGAGGCCUUGUUUUGUUGAUAACGGAACUGUAACACCUGGAAACGCAUCUGGAAUUAAUGAUUCAGCAGCCGCUGUUCUUUUAAUGUCUGAUGCGGAACUUAAAAAACGCUCUCUAAAACCCUUGGCCAAAAUAGUUGCUUGGACUCAAACUGGCUGCGAUCCCACUGUUAUGGGUAUCGGUCCUGUCUGUGCAGUAAAAGCAGUUUUGGCUAAAGCUGGAUGGACCAAAGAGGAAGUCGAUCUAUACGAACUCAAUGAAGCAUUUUCAGCUCAAGCAUUGGCCGUCCUCAAAUGUCUCGAACUUGAUCCAAGUAAAGUAAAUAUAAAUGGUGGAGCUAUUGCAUUGGGUCAUCCAAUUGCUGCAUCAGGAACACGUAUUCUCGUCACUCUACUCUAUGCACUAGAACGCACCGGAGGUAAAAAGGGUGUUGCUAGUUUGUGUAUUGGUGGAGGCAUGGGCAUUGCCAUGGCUAUCGAACGUAUUUAAAAAAGAAAUAAAUCUCGAAUAUUUAAAAAACCUCUCUAUUUAACAUAACAAUAAAAUAUAUUUUAUUCAAAAUUA